AUAAUUGUCUUUCCUUUUUAAAUAUUUAAUUUGUAGCGUUAAUUAAAGACCUGAAAACGUCCUGAGGUCGCAAAAUUUUUAGUGUAUAGUUGCGAAUUUGUGUGCUGCGCUGUUUAAUCUUUCCUAAAAAAAGUGCAGAUUAACCAAAUACCAUCUACAGCGCUACCUGCAUACAUAUACAUACAUAGAUAUAUAUAUAUAUAUAUAUACUAUACAUAUAUACAACGUAUGUGCUUGCACAUACAGAUGUGCGCAUGUUGUUAGUGUUAGUCAGUUUCUGUGUUGAUAUAUAUUUAAAUAAUGAGCCAUCAUACUGGUCGGGAGUUGAACGGACCCAAUAGUGAAAAUUAUGGACGUACUCAGAAACAUACAUAUACACGGGCCGAUUUGCUUGCGAUGCGAUACGACGACUGCUCUCGCCAGCGUCCCAAUUGUUCAAACCGAACGGAAUUGCAAAAAUUGAAUUUUUGGAAAAUAAACGUCAUUCCGCAAAAUUGGGUACCCAGCAACAAUGAGAAUAAAAAUUGUGCAACAACCGAAACGGAUAAUUCGAGCCUGGCCAAUUCGAAUGGGUUGGCAAGUUCUCGACGUUCCGUACGAAAUCGCGAACGUGCCAACAACUACUAUCAACGUUUUGUUUCUGGCUACAGUGAAGAGCCGACGAUGCAAACAAGUUUGGCAUCGACAACAAGCAACAACAACACUAGCAGCAACAGCACCCUGAACACCCCAUAUAAAUCGUCCAAUAUUGAUCAUCGGAGUAUGUCUUCAUCGCAUUUAAUGCCAGCGUUCGCCAAGCGUCGUUUUGCAGCAACAUCAGGUGUUUCAGCUGAGGCCAAUGAGCUACAAAAUGAAAAAUCCGACACUUUGUCUAAUUGUGAAGAUGAUGGCCCGAACUCUGGCGGCAGUGUUGCAAAGGAACGUAAUGGAAGCGUAACUCCAGCAAAUUCGGAACAACAGCAACAAUUAAAGAGUCAUGUUCGCCCUCCUGGUAGUUCAUUGGUUUCACUUUCACCCAUUCGAAAGGGUGCUGGUUCAUCGGAAUGGGAACGUUCGGAUAAGCGCGUUUCAAAUCAACAAGACUACGAACAAUCUUCGGCCCCGUCGCCCACAUUCUCAGCCACGCGUCAUGGUAAUCUCAAUAUGCCAGAGCGACGCAUAGGUAGUGGUAGGCUUUUGCCGCGCGAUGCUAAUUGGGAGUAUAAAAAUCAGGACGCAGAGUCCUCCUCCAUACAGGAAAAAGAAAGGGGGGCUCAGCAUGGAAAUAGUGUGCAUCAGCGACAACGCACCUUCAGUGGUAGACACAUGGAGCGGUCCAAUGACAACAUGACGGAUCGCCGCGUCAGUGAGGGACGUCGUCCAGUAGAUGGCCGAGAACAAUAUGAAAAUAAAAGGACUGUACAAGGCCAGCGUCGAACCCAAAGCAAGGAUAAAUUCAAUUUUGGGGAUGGUGGUGGCAACCAGGGACGAGGAAAGCGUUCCAACAACUAUCAUAUGCACGAUCGUCACGAAGAGCCAGAGUGGUUCAGCGCUGGGCCCACUUCGCAGUUGGAAACUAUCGACUUACAUGGCUUUGAUGACCUAGAAAGUACUGACGAACGUGGCGAACUUGAGAAUACCGUAAAUUCGGAAAGCAAAACAAUUUCGCAGAAAGAAAAUCAAGCAACUGAAGUUCCGGCAACGGCGUCACGAAGCAGCAGCACUGAAAAUGUAUCUGAUCAACAAGUUCAGGGCAACUUGGCAUUUAAGCCCACAAGUGACAAAGACGAGUGUGAUAAAAAUGCGAUGACUAAUUUUGGGUCAAAUAAGCCGACUAACAGCUUAAAUCCUGCCGCCAAUUCGGAGGUUGAAUUCAACUUUGACGCAUUCCUCAACUUGGACCCAAUGGAUCAUAAUCUUAUGGGCAACGAUAAUGAGCUGCAAGGUGAGAUGGGAGGAACAUCGCGUUUUAGUCGUUGGUUUGACAACAAAGUUAAUCCGAAUAAUGCCGAUGCAUUGCCUGCGAGCGAUUCGAACGUACUAAAUGCUCACUCUAUUCCUAGCGUAAAAGAUUUGGAGGCACAAAUGACUAAAGUAGAUCUACGGCCUGAAAGCGCAAUGGGCUAUAACAAUCCAAUGGCAGACGUUCAGGUGCAUCACAAGGAACAUGCGGAGAAACCAGUUCCACGAGACACUGAGGGUUUCAAAAAACUCUUACAGCAGUUGCGCACCCAGAACCAACCCCUUCAACCUCCAACUGUAUUAUACCAGUUGACUAUAAAUACAUCAGCAUUGCCGAAAUUCCAUCCAAAUCGCGCCCAUAUGAUUGAACCCCAACAUAAUUUGUGCCCGAUAAACGAAGCUCUUCUAAAAGACGAUGAUUUACAAAAGAAAUCAUAUCAACAAAUGCAGCAACAACAACAGCAGCAGCUGCAGCACCAACAACAGCAGCAGCAGCAACAACAACAGCAAAUGAAACAAAACGAGCGUAUGCAACAACGGAAUAUGGAUUUUGUUGCCCAGGGCCCAUCACCCAUUCCCCACCCACAAUUUCAUCUGAUCCCAAAUGCAAUGGCCCAUAACGUGCACGAGCCCACUGCAUCUAAUCUCCAAGUAAUUCAAAACCAGAAACGAAUUGAAAUUCAAAAUUUGAUUCAAAAUAUUGCUCGUGGCGAGGUUCCUAUUGAGUUUUUGGAACAAGAGAUUCAUAAUCCGAAUACUUCGGCGCAUGUGAAGGAAAUAAUUGGACAUGCUCUACGUGAAUGUGGUAGAAAUUCUGUUCAGCAAAAACUAACAUAUCAGAAGUCACUAAACGAUCUGGGUCAUCAUAAUUUGGUGGCAAAUCAAGCGGCAUUUCAACAGCAGAAUGUGUGUCCAAAUGUGCCCGAAGAAAUGCCGCCACCAAAUGCUCCGUGCCAAGGCUUAAGUCAGCAGCUCCGUCAUACAAAUUCGCCGACGCCCUUGGCCUUUACACCCACUGCGGUGCUACGCAAAAUGACAGCUGAUAAAGAUGCUGCAACACCCUCGCACGCCAAUAAUGCCAACAAUCCGCAGUAUCAUUAUCAGUUUGGUGCCCAACAGAAUAAACUUAUUGCUUCACAUAAUAUGGCGAAUGCAGCGCAGCCAACACCAGCACUGAACAUGCAACCACGCAUGAUUUUGGGUGGCAACUAUGCCAUGCAACAACAGCAACAACAACAGCAGCAACAUCCGUUCAAUGCCAACAGCCCUCAGAUUUCACCAAAAUUGUUGCCACAAAUGGCACAAGCACGCAACCAGGCAAUGAAAUGGCCAGCAAAUGUUAAUGCACAUGCAGCACCACCAAAAUCAUUGGGUCGUCCCAUACUCAAAGGACCUGUUACUUCUGUUUCGCAACAAAUGCCCCUAGCAUUUGCAUCCAAGUUGGAUAUGCAGCAAAUGCAUCAGCAAAGACUCAAAGCUACACAAGGAACAGAACAACGAAAUGAGCACCUACAUGCUGCACCACCCCCGCAUCCACAGAACUUUGGCUUUGCGGACGGUGUACCCCAAUUGCAACAGCAACAACAACAUCAGCAUUUCUUGCAGCAACAGCAGCAACAGCAGCAGCAGCAGCGCCAACAGGCUAGGCAUAUAAUGCUGCAAGUACACAUUGGCGAUAAUCGUCAACAAGCGAAUCUACCCAUGAAAUCUACGACUCCGGGUGUCCCCGACAGCACUGAUGCUGGAAACUUGAGUAAGAACAAUAAUCUUGGUCCGCUCAACUAUCUUCGCGAGGAUCGUUUGUCGCCCACAACGAACCAGUUGUCGCAAUGGUUAGGGCCCGAUCUGCUCGCCAGGGCAACUGCUGGCAAAUUGCCGCAUUUAAAUAUAAAUCAAGCGCUUAGCUUGGAAGAAUUUGAGCGUAGUAUCCAACAUUCCUCAGCCGCUGUGCACAACUAAAACAA